AUGUUGAACUACAACGACAAUGACCAAACGCUUCUGGCGUUUUAUGGUACAUCCGUGCUCGAACCAAGGUCAUUGGUGGAUUUCAAAAAUCAGGACGAUCUACUUCCACCCGAAAAUUUGGACCAAUUGUCCCCCGACGAACAGUGUGCUGUUCUAGCUCACUUCUUGAAAGAUGCAGACAGUGUCAAUGCCUCGGCGUAUCAAUUUGCAAGUGAUGAUUUAAAAGACCCAUUAACAGGCCAUGACUUGGUCGAUCUCUUGCUACGAAAGGGAAUCAUUGGCUCAGAGAAUGACAAGGAGUUAUCUAAGUUUGUCGUGUCGUCUCAGAAGUUCAACUCCCAAGCAUACUUGUCUGUUGUCCAUAAAGAAACUCCAAUGGAAAGUCUUGUUGGCUCACUCAACAUGUUGGAUAGAAGCAUAAGAAGCCAAACGUCACAGCUUAAAUCUGUGCUUAAUGAAAAUUACGCAAGCUUUGUUGAUUGCAAGAAGUACAUUGACGAAGCGCUUCUCUCGUUCAAGAACUCCAAAACCCGGGCCCAGAAGGAAAGCGAAAAGUCAAGAGUUUUCAAUCCUAAUUCUAGAUGGAACAAGAAGCUACAAGCUGGGGAAAGCAUAUCGUCCCAGUUGGAAGAAUCCAUUAACAAUUUGAAUUUAUCUUCCUCGCUCAUGAUUCGUCCCAUCAUGGAGCACAAUGCUAAAGAGGCUAAGGUGUCCAAACUUAUUGAAUUCAUUCAAAAGAAUAAAUUUUUCUUUGAUCUUCCAAAGAAGCUUGUUGAUUAUCUUUCUGUGCACGAACAUGACCUGUUCAUUGAUGACUACAACAACUUCUUAAAAGAGAAGGAGUACAUCGAGCAUAGACAUGAAAAUGCCUUGAAACGCGCUCAGAAUACAAAUGACGAGGAAGAAGUGAAAAAGGUUGAGCAGGAAUACGCCUUGUACUAUACCGUCCUUCAUCGAGUAUUCCGUGAAAUUGAAAAUAUUGCUGAAGAGUUCCGCAAGAAGGCCUUUAGGGACCUCCUUUCUAUGGAUCAUGAAGUGGCUGUGAGAGGCAAGACAAAUAAGUCCGCUCUGGACAUAAAGUUCAUUGAUCUUGUUGACAAGUUACAUCGUCUUGAUAAAGAUUCCACAAAAACUAACCCGAUCCUUGAUUUCCUCAAUGACCAACUUACAAAACUUAAGAAGGAUUUGAGUUAUCAGGAUGACAAAUUUGAAACAAAGUUUUCCAUGAUGCAAAAAAAGCUUUUAGACUAUAUCACCAGUUUGAGCAACCAACGAGAGGGCGGAUCCAAUGUCAGGUACAUUGAAGAGAAGUUUGACAGUGUUGAAGAGUACUUUGGAACUUCCUCAUCAGCCAAGACAAUUAGUAUUGAUGAGUUAAAGGAGAAUGCCAUUGUUGAGAUUUUCGGAAGUCCCGAUAACUUGGACCUUUCUAUCAUCAACGAAACCUGGCUUGUUCUUCUGAACUAUAUCACUUAUCUUGAGGAGUUUUUCUCUAACGUUGUUCUGAAGUUCGUCAAGAACUACGUGCAUUAUGCGGAUCCAAAGAAUGGUUUUGACGUUGACAACAGUGGUGUUUUAAGAACGGCGUUUUUUGAGUUGUGCAGCAAUAUGGUGGCACAAGUUGUCAGUAUUUUUGAAUGUGAGGAAAAUCUUGAUCAGAUGAGGGUUACCCCAGCAAACUUCCCAAACUUCCUUCCACACCACACUAACUCGCUCUCGACUAUCUUUCACUUGAGUGAUAUCAACACCCGCAUUUGCCGUCUUCUCACUAAAGUGUCAACUUACAUUGCACAGAUCGGUAAUGCUUCUAAGAACCUGGACACAAACAAACACAUUAAGCUGUUGAAAGACUCGUCAACGUUAAUCGAACAGCGUAUCUUGGAGGCAAUCUGUGCUACUUGGGUUAAUGACUGCUCCCAAUUCUACGACCUUGAAGCUUGGGAGAAAUAUAAAAUUGAGGGUAAUCUCAAGUCUACAGUCUAUACAAAACAGAUGCAGAUCUUGCAAUACUAUGAAACAUAUGUCCUCCGCAGAUUGUCCGCAUUUGUGUUCGACAGAAGUCAAGUACCUGAUUCUGAAGUGAAAGUGGUUGCAGCUUAUCCAAGCAAACGUACAUUGGUCAGUCUCGAAAUUCAAUUUAUCCGGAGUAUCAACGUUUUGAUGGACUCCGUCAUGAAGAAGUUUACUGCUACCAAAGCCGAAUAUCAUGCUUCUCAUGAUGCUGGUAAGCACGAUAUUGACAAGGACAUUUACAAAAUUAUGACAAUGAAUAAUUUCCAAGUGCUCGGAGAUUAUAUGUUCCCUUCGUUGAUCAAAAAGUUUGACCAGCUCUUUGAAAAGGACUUGCAUAAACAGAAUUUGAAGCUCUACGCAGACCUUGAUAAGGUCAAAAUCACGGUGUUGGACGAAAUCAGUGAAAACGAAAAGGCAUGGAUCGAAAACAAGGUGUCUGAUCACUUUGAGAAGUUAAGCCACAAGACCAGCUUCGGGGAAUUUCAAGUUGAUCCUUUCGUUUACGAAUGCUUGAUGCAUUUCGUGAAAUUGGUGUAUGUUGUAAAGCCAAUUACUGCUGAUCAAACAUUCAACAAUAUGAUUCAUGAACUCCAAAACCAUUUCCUCAAACAAUUCACGACCUCCAUCCGUGAAGUGAAACAAAAACAGCAUAUCAUUGUUAGAAUCUUGGGUAACCUCAGGCUUGAUCUCGAUUACUUCAUUGACGUCUUCGAAGCAAGUGACAGUCUAAGACUUGAUGAUUACUCGCUCAACUUGGGGCGUGUAGCCGUGAAAGAGAUCAAAGAAUGCGAGGGUAUCUUUACUGAUCUUGACUACACUGAUAAAGAUGUUGAAAUGGCACUCAAUGAAGCUGUUCGUAACAGUCAGAAGGAAUUUGCAUGCUUCGUAUGA